CCGCGCGCCGCCGAAGUGCGGGAGCCGGCGGGGAAGUAAGUGUGCAGGACACGGCCCCGCGCGGCGCACGCGGCAGCAUGAAGGAAAAGGCAAUGAUCAAAACCGCGAAAAUGCAGGGCAACGUGAUGGAGCUGGUGGGAAGUAAUCCUCCACAAAGAAACUGGAAAGGAAUUGCAAUUGCAUUACUUGUUAUUCUGGUUAUCUGCUCCCUGAUUGUCACCUCUGUUAUACUCCUGACGCCAGUGGAAGAUAACAGCCUGUCUCAAAAGAAGAAGAUAACCGUGGAAGAUCUGUUCAGUGCUGAUUUCAAAAUUCAUGACCCAGAGGCUAAAUGGAUAAGUGAUAAAGAAUUCAUUUAUAGAAAUCGGAACGGCACCGUAAUUCUGCGGAAUGUUGAAACAAACAAUUCAACGGUAUUAAUAGAAAACAAAAAAAUUGUUUCCUUAAAAGCUAUUCGGUAUGAAGUGUCACCUGACCGGGAGUAUGCACUUUUUGCAUUUAACAUUGAACCAGUGUAUCAGCAUUCGUAUACGGCAUAUUAUGUCCUCAGCAAAAUACCUUUUGGGGAUCCCCAGAGUCUGUAUCCCCCUGAGGUUAGCAACGCCAAACUGCAGUAUGCUGGAUGGGGUCCAAAAGGGCAACAACUGAUAUUUAUCUUUGAGAAUAACAUCUAUUACUGUGCCCAUGUGGGAAAACAAGCUAUACGAGUGGUCUCCACUGGAAAGGAAAAUGUUAUUUUCAAUGGGCUCAGCGACUGGCUGUAUGAAGAGGAGAUCUUGAAGACCUAUAUUGCACAUUGGUGGUCUCCUGAUGGCACCAGGUUAGCAUACGCAACAAUAAAUGCCUCCAGAGUCCCCACCAUGGAGAUUCCUGUAUACACUGGCAGUCUUUAUCCUACUGUUAAAACAUAUCAUUAUCCAAAGGCUGGAAUGGAAAACCCAACUAUUUCUUUACACGUGAUUGGUUUGAAUGGACCUACUCAUGAUCUGGAAAUGACUCCCCCUGAUGAUCAAAGAAUGAGGGACUACUACAUAACCAUGGUGAAAUGGGCAACGAGUACCAAAGUGGCAGUAAACUGGUUAAACAGGGCACAGAACGUCUCUAUCUUGACCCUCUGUGAUGCCACCACUGGAGUCUGUACAAAGAAACACGAAGAUGAAAGCGAAGGCUGGCUGCACAGACAGAAUGAAGAGCCAGUCUUUUCGAAGGAUGGUCGGAAGUUUUUCUUCGUCCGAGCCAUUCCUCAGGGUGGACGAGGAAAGUUCUACCACAUUGCCAUGUCCUCAUCACAGCCCAACAGCAGCAGUGAUAACUUACAGUCUAUUACAUCCGGUGAUUGGGAUGUAACAAAGAUUUUGGCGUACAAUGAAAAGAGGCAUAAAAUUUACUUCCUCAGCACAGAAGAUUUACCCAGGAGGCGGCAUUUAUACAGUGCAAGCACAAAUGGAAACUUCAACAGGCAGUGUCUGUCAUGUGAUCUGAUUGAAAACUGUACUUACUUCAGCGCCUCAUUCAGUCACAACCUGGACUACUUCUUACUGACCUGUGAAGGUCCAAGAGUUCCAAUAGUGACUGUUCACAACACAACAGAUACAGAAAAAAUCUUUGAGCUGGAGGUGAAUGAAAAUGUGCAGUUGGCUGUAAGUGAUAGGCAAAUGCCUAAAGUGGAGUACAUGGAAAUCAGGAUAGAUGAUUACAAACUGCCAUUGCAAAUCUUAAAACCGGCAACCUUUGCAGACACUGUGCACUACCCUUUGCUACUGGUUGUGGAUGGAACGCCCGGUAGCCAGAGCGUGACAGAAAAAUUUGAAGUGAAUUGGGAAAGCGUGCUGGUCAGCUCCCAUAACGCAAUGGUCAUGAAGUUUGAUGGCCGUGGGAGUGGAUUUCAAGGGACUAAGUUGUUACAUGAAGUUAGAAGAAGACUGGGCAUUUUAGAAGAGAAGGAUCAGUUGGAAGCUGUCCGGACAAUGUUGAAGGAACAUUAUAUUGAUAAAAUGCGAGUGGGUGUAUUUGGGAAGGAUUACGGUGGCUAUCUGAGCACUUACAUCCUUCCGGCUGGUGAAGACAACCAAGUGUUCGCAUGUGGAGCUGCUCUUUCCCCACUGACAGAUUUCAAAUUAUAUGCUUCUGCCUUUUCUGAAAGGUACCUGGGGUUACAUGGGAUCGAUAACAGAGCAUAUGAGAUCACCAAAUUAGCACACAGAGUCUCAUUACUGAAAGAGCAAAAGUUUUUGAUCAUUCAUGCUACGGCUGACGAAAAAAUCCAUUUCCAGCAUACUGCGGACCUUAUUGCACACCUAAUUAGGGCAAAGGCUAAUUACAGCUUGCAGAUAUACCCCGAUGAAAGCCAUUAUUUUACGAGUGCAGCGCUUGAGCAACACUUGUACAGGUCGGUGGUCAACUUCUUUGUGGAAUGCUUCCAAGUUCAGGACAAGGUGCCAAUAGUCACGCUGAAAGAAGACGAGGAGGAGGAUUAGCCCUUCUGGUCCGUGCCAAACACAAGGCCCUUCUCUAUAACAAUAUGCAAGUAAAUCCAUUUUCCUGGAGAAAGAAGUGUUAUGUCGUUAGCAUGUAUUUAAACAAAACUGAAAGCAGCCCGCCUGCUUUACAGGACAGCAACUCCUUCCUGAAUGGAAGAACAUUAAGCAUGAUGAACUCAGCAGAACCUGCUGUCAGAAGGAACCCAUCAUAAAUGACAUCACCUUUUUUGCCACAAAGUGACUUCUGGAGUAAAAGACUCAAGAAAUGGGACUUGAAGGACCACCCCAAGAAACCACCUUGAGGAUUAGAAGAUGAGAUGGCCCUUAGCAUUCAAGCAAUCAAGCAGUAGCAAUGAAUUCCACCAUCCGUAUCACGAUUACCAUAGUCAGCAUCACAUUGCAUCAGAUAAAACUUAAUACAUGGAAAAGAUUAUAGCACAAUUAUUUUAAGGUACUGAAAGUACUGGUUCAUACAAAUUUGCCUGUUGUCUCCCAUGCUUAGAAGAUUCGUCAUUUCCGUGGGGCAUACAGAUUCCCAUUGUACAAAGUGUCGCUGUGGUUGCUCUGAUGUUUACCUUGAUGGUGUUAAUUCGUUAUUUACCUGUUGUUCUGUUUUCAUUUAGUCUCAUGCUUAUCUCAGAAGUGUCUCCGCUUGUUCGAGGUGAGCAGAAAACACCCAUGUCAAUGAUUAGAUCAGUGUUUCCCCAUGGGCCAGAGGCCCCAGUCUGGGGGUCAUGAGAGAGUGGUGGAUGUGGGAAGUAACCCAGCAAUGACGAUUUUGGUACAGUCUAUUGCAAAGAAAAUCUUGCUCCCCCACUCCCGGCCUAGUCUUACCCCUCAAGGUCAAAGAUUCUCUGUCAACUCUUCAAAACACGCACAAAGGAAAAUUAAGAUUAUAGGCGUGUCCUUGUCAUCACCGAUGCAUUUUUACUCUUAACUUCUACAGUGAGACGGGCACGCUUUUUUUUUUCCCCCUUACUUUGAAUAACUCAUUGCCAACCAGUUGAGAGGCUGAACUAAACUAUGGUAGUGGGAAGUGUAUCAGAAACUUUGCAGAUCAUCUCAUGAAGCAGUUAAAAAAAAAAAAAAGAGAGAGAGAGGGAGGGAGAGAAAAAAUCUGUUUGCUUGGAUUUGUUGUACGCGCCGUCUGCAGCUUGGUUUUGAUUUUGGUUCCAACUCAGUGAUUAUUGUAUUUUCAGCACUUUUAAUGAUCUCUUCUGCUUGCAUUAGGUUUAUAAAAAACCCCAAAAAAAGAAAAAAAACCAUAGUGUGCGCGCUUGCAAAAUGCUUAACCCACAUUAUUCUUUAUGGGGUUGGGAAGCAACUUUCAAAAAAACCCGUGUUGGAACAAAAAUUUCUAUUCUCAAAAACCUUUUCAUUCACUUCUGGUUGCCAUAUCAUGAGGAUUUUGGCUAGUGUCGCUCCUUGUAAAAUAUUCUGACCAAAUGUACAGCCAGUAUUAAUACUGUAUAUUUCAUUUUGUUGUAUAUAAAGGAAUGUAAGUCAAUGACUGGUCAGGUCCCCAAUGCAGUAUUAGUCUUGUGUUGAGCAUGCAUGCUAUAACACUCUUUUGCUGAUCAGGACCCUUUAGAAGUACUAGCUUGGCAGUAUAACAAUUAAUGUGAUUUCUUACAUUGUUUUGACAGCUUGAAUGUCAAUGCAGGUUUCUACAUUUUUACAUAGUACUGUGGGCAAUCUUGCAUCCUGCCAGCAAUGAUGAUGUUUCCCUGGUGUUCUUUAGGAGGUCUCUGUUUUGUUUUCGGGUUUUUUUCCCCUUUUCUUUUAUGCUUUGAACGUUGGUUGUACUUGACCAUCACGGAAGAUAUACUGGUAAACAGAAACAAUCUAGGUUGGUUUUGGUUAUUUCCUUUCAUUUACAGUGCAUCGACAUUUUGUGAACCGGAAUCCGCUUUUUCAGGCAACAUGCCAAAUAGACGAUAAGACUGCUGCGUGUCCAGAUUUUGCUACACCCAACAGGCUCAAAAGUCUGACAUGAACUCGAGCUGAGAAAUGUAAAAAUCUGCUCUGUCCACAAUCUUUUGUAGAAAGAAAUUUAGGAUGUGGCAUGGUAGUGUUUGUUCAUCCAUGGAAUAAAACAUUAUUUUACCA